AUGUUUUUCAGGAAAGAAAGGAUAAAUACUAUUAUCAUUGUGGAAAAACCAAAGACCCAGCUAGGUCAAGCAAUUACCUCUGUAUGAUCUUAGAUGGGAUGGACCAAAAUAAGCUGCUUGUCCCUUCACUCAUGACCCAAACAAAGGCCUGUAGUAGCUCCUGGAGACUUAAAACCCAUUUAACAGGUAUUGUGUGGUUCUAAAUUUAAAAUUUGUAAAUUGGUUGUGAAAUUUUCAAUACAAACUUAAAUUACGACUUCCUAUUAACACCUUUGUGUCAGAAUUAAAAAGAAUGUAUUUGUUUCAUGGUAGACUUUAAUUUGUUAUGUUAAAAAAAAAUCAUGAAUCCCCACAAUAAAAAAGUUGACGCAAAUCCCAUGUACUAUACUUUUCCAAUUAUGCUGUUGCUCCCUUGUAUUCUUACACUUAAUAUUCCGUUUUCGUUUAGUAUAGGAGGCUUUUUGUGAUGUCAAUCAGUCGCGACAAACUUCAGUAUAAAUAUUAUUCUAUAGGAAGACCUAAUACAUAUUUGGGGUAUUUGCCCCAGUUGUUCAAAAGGUGGACAAUGUUAUCCACCGUGCUGGGGAUAAUCAAUUAAUUUCUACUGAAUAUUGAUUAUUUAUCCAUCGGAUUCAUAGUGCUGUUCGACGUUUGACAACUGAGGCCUGACCUGUGGAACAGUUUAACAGACAACAUCCGCUCAUUUGACAGUUUAAGAUCCGUUGUUCCUCAAAUAAUAGUCAUCCCUUUAUUAAUAGCCUCUCUCUCGAAUUAUCGCCCUCUCGCCAUCUUCUCUUUCUUUUAUCGUCUCCCUUUGAAGUUGAAGCGGAAUCUGAUCCAGUAAAACUGACCAUUGAAGAUGCGAGCCCUGACACCGUGGAUAUUGACACUGAAACUUUUCAUGGAGCCAAAUUUGGAACAUUUACAAAACGUUUUAUUAUCCCAUUAACAUCAAACAAUGACCACAACGAUUUUUUUUUUAAAAAAAGCCCAAGUUCUUAGUAUUAUUAUGAGCCGUGACAGCAUUAUAUCAUAAUUCCCCUUUCCUCUUUAUGAAUAUCCUAUGUUUUAAGUGCAAAUGGUAGAUUAGGCCACGAAAUUCAUACCGCAUAGGGCUUCCGUUCAAACACAAGAACAGUUGUUGGGGUAUGAUUUCUAUAACGGAGCGAAGCUGCGCUGUACCGAUCUCUUAUAACGUGAAGAACAUAUCAGACAGGUGUUCACAUUACGUCGGAUAGCUUUUCAUGGCGCCUAAAAAAGCUAUACCGUAUAGUGUGUACAUAGCCAUAAAAACCAAAGUCACUGGUUUGCCGACAAAAGGAAAGCUAAGCUGAACUAGAUACGCCAUGCAGUGUUGUUAUUUCCAACAGAUUUUGAAAAUAACAUGGAUUGCUUGUGUAACUUAAGUUUGCUCUGUAGAAUGCUACUUCGUCAGCAACAAACGCAGGCAUUGUUAUGUAUUCAUCUGUUGACUAUUUAUUAAUGAUUUUUGUUUUUAUUUUUAUCAUUUAGCAUGUUCUUCGCCGAUCCAGCAGGCCUUCAAUUGCCAUCGUUUCUAGCAUCAUUCUUCAACAACGCCCUUUAUUGGAGAGGUGAUGAAUGAGACAGAAAGUUUUCCUGAUGAGUCUGAAAGUUCAAGAAUUUGUAUUGGAAACAUCCUCGGUCCUGCAGAGCACUCUUCAAGGAAAGGCACCGACAAUACAACAAAGUCUCUUAUCAGAAUACCUCAGUAA